AACGGGUCAGCACCUGACGUCAUUCUCUUGGUAACAACGUGUGUUGUGGUUGCCUAGUUGUUUAAUAGCGCAAUCACAAAGUUUCAUUGCAAAUAUGCCAAAAAAGAAUGGAAAGAAAAGCGGAGAUAAAUCAACCAAAAAAGAGAUCAUUGGAUUUGGAGACAAAACGUGUUUUGACGACGCAUUGUCUGAAGGUGGAAAAGAUUUCUACCGGUCGCAGAUACGAGACUUGGAGGAACAAUUGGAAAAAUAUCAGCACAAAUGUGAUGAGUUGGAGGUGCAACAGAAGGACUUCUCCUCUCAGUAUUUCACCAUUGAGAAGGAGAAGAAAGACAUUGUGCUCUACCUGAAGCGCUCCCUGGCCCAGAAGGAGGAUGAGCUCACAGACUUGUUGGAGAGACUGGUGGGACUGCAGCAGGCCAAGGAUGCUGAGAAGGACUCCUUUGAGCUGCAGCUCAGUCAACUUCGCCAAGAGUUCCAGGAGAACAAGGACAAGCUCACCUCAGAGAACAUGGUCCUUGCGGGUAAGCUAGCAGCUCUCGAGGAGUUCCGUGUGCAGAAGGAGGAGCUGAUGGCCCACUUGGAAGGCCUGGAGGAGCAGCUUGGGAAGCAGAGACAGGAGCACCACACAGUCAUCUACAGCCUGGAGAGGAAGGCUGUGCUGGACAAUGACAGACUAAAGAAGGAGAUGCAGCAGCACGUGGCGGCGGUGGCAGCCGAGUUUCGGCGCGUGUCGGACAGGAAGAUGCCAGAGACGACCAUGAGGGCCAUCCACGAGAAUGUGUCUGUGACGGCCCAGCUUAGUCAGCUGUCAGACAAGAGCAAGCAGCUGCUGGAGGAGAACGAGGAUCUGAGGGAUAGAGAGAAGCAUAUCCGCAGAGAGAUGGAGGUCCUGGAGCCCUUGUUCAACAAGAUGACCCGUAAGAGCCUCAGCAACCAGAAGGUGAUCCAUCAGCUCACAGAGAAGUGUAAGCAGAUGCAGGCUGAGCUGGAGGAGUAUGCUAGGGCUCAAGAGGAGCAUCAACAACUGCAGAAGGAUCAUGUCGUACUGCUGGCAGAAAUGCAUGCCCUAAGGCAGGUGCAGGCCUCUCUGUUGGAGGAGACAGGGAGGAACUGUGCCGAGGCAAACAGGCUGGGGAGAGAGCUGGAGGAGGAGAGGGACGUGAGAGGACAACUGGAGACCAUCCUACAGGCGGCUGCAUUCGCCCUGAAACAGGCCCUCAUGGAGGUGCCUAAAGAGGAGGACUCUGAGGUGAAGACUCUGGUCCGGAGGAACCAAAUGAUGCAGAAGCUGUUGGCUGUGUUGGACAGUGCUGCUCUGCUGGGGAAAGGGCCUGCCAUGAAGGACUUCAUUCCAGAGGGAGACUCCCUCCACGAGCUCAAGACCGGCCCUGGCCCAGGAAGAUCAUCAGGGCUUCUUGGUCCUCUUCUCAAGGACACCACCCAGCUGUCUCACUUCAAGACAGGAGACCUGGGCCUCGUACCACGACGGACACACAACUACAGCAACAUCCUGUCCAAGAUGGGACCCCUCUCCAAGAGCACCCGCCUUCAACUGCACAGGAAAGUCUCACCACCCCAGAAGAGGACCAGCCCAUCCAAACCCUCUGGUCCAGAGAGCCUGGCUCCUCCGCUCAGGGACCCUCCCAGAGGGAGCCUGCUUUCCCCCCACAGGCCCUUUCCAACCAGGGGCAGCGCCGCUGAACCCAUCCUCAGAUAGGCAGGACUGGGACUGGGAUUUAAACCCCUUUUAAUGGGACAUUUCAACAAAAAAUAAAUGUUGCUACAUGGUUAUGCUCACUUUUUGGAAUGACAUGACUAAUGCUGUUUCUUUUCCAGCCACUAGGUGGCAGGAGCAACUCUUAGAAUAUGUUGUACUGAAGCAGACAAAAACCAGACACUAUACUUUUAUCUCUAGAAAUCUAAUAAAGGCUCUGUUAUUUUGUGUUAUCAUUUAGGUCAAAUUCAUUUGGAGACUAAAGCCAAACAAUAAACAUUUGAAAUGUAUACUCAAAAUAAUAAAGGUGGCAAAAAAAUGAAAAAAAGAUCAAGACAUACUGUCACAAAGCCAAUUGUCCAUCUACUAAAUCCAAUAUGUAGUUCAUGAAGUAAUAAACAGAGGAAAAUACUUUAAAAUGGCUGAUCUUUAUAAGGCUGACUUUACAAGGUUCAAUGGUUGUUAUGAGGGCAGAAUGUGGGCUGUUGUACGGUACAUCUGCCCAUCUGUUACAUUAAGUGAAGUCUGGUGUUUGACAUUGUCAAAGUCUCUAUAAUGCAAAUAAACACAAAGUCUAUGAGGACAUCUGGUUUAUCAAAUUAAAAUGGGCCCUUCACUGCAUUACCAUCUGCCUUUUGAGAUGUAAGCUUGUUAAUUUAUUAGGGUUUCAUUUUCACUUGUUCAGACGAAUAAAAGCUGUCAUUGCACACCAUG